AUGCCUUGUGUCAUUUCUGAUUAUAUUGAAGAAUUGUUUUUUAUAAUGUGUAUUUUUCAACUUGUAUUAUUAAUAAUUAUGGUGUUAAGAAUCGACAGAGAUCCGGUGUUACCGCUUGAUAAUAUUCUUAAGCCGAGACGUAAGUUCAUGGGUGAAGGUGAUUUCCAUCAGGUGGCAUUGGAGAAUCAAUACCGGUCAUUCUUCCAAGUACAUAAAUACAUGAAAAAAGCUAAGCAACGACAAGCCAAAUACGCUAACAAGAAUACUAAAAAUAUUGAUUUUAAGACAGGUGACCCAGUAUACUAUAAGAAUUUCUUACGUAAAAAUAAACUAGAAGACAGAUGGUCACCAUACCAUCGAAUAGUUGAACAAACCUCACCAGUCUCAUUCAAAAUUAGGAAUCAACUCACUAACAGAGUGAUAAAGGCUCAUGCUGAGCACUUAAGAUUAGCUAAUAUUGAUGAAUGGGACAUACCUAAAGACACAAAUAAAUUAAGAAAAGCCCAAUAUGUUGAACCUCCUUCAGAAUCUAGUUCAGAAGGUUCCGAUUCUGAGUAUUCAGAAGAUGACGAAUUGCCUCUUAGUGAACUAAUUAAGAAAUACCGUAGGGUACGAGAAAACUCGUCGAGUGAAGAUGACAUACCACUCAUGGAAAUGGCGCAACGAAUUAGAGUAGAAAAUGACAGCGCCAAUGAUGCCUCAUCAAAUGAUAUGGUGGUUGCCUAG